AGCAGGAGCUUUGAUUGGUUGGUUUCUGUUCCUGCAGCCAUUGGUCCAUACUCAAACACUCAUCUCUGAGCGGCGCUGACCGUCUCAUCCCGUUGCCAGGCAACAGUCUCCUGGGAGACAGACAGGGAUGCUCUUCUGCUGUCGCCGAGCAACAGCGUCAUCAUGGACCUCCUCCCGAGUCCCAGAGGAAGUGACGAGCAGCUCUACUCGAGCAGGACACCUGCGGCCCAUGCGCGAGGGGGACGCGGGGACGCGGCGCGUUCGGUGACGGAUCCUCGCGCUCUCCGGUGUGUCUGCACACCGCAGAAUGACUCUGUAGGAAGCAUCUCUUCGCUCGCCUCCUCAUUCUUCCUCCUCGCGCGCUGGAGAUGGACGCGUCUGCGGCGAAGGGAAGCGCGCCGGUGCCGGACAUCUGCCCGCUGGACCGGUUCGACCCCACCCGAGCUAAGACCCGCGCCAGUGUGAGCUGGCUGCUGAGCCGGAGCCGCGGACCUGAAGAGCCUGUGGAGGAGGAUGGGCGCGUCUCUCCCGCUCUAGAGCGCCUCCUGCGGUCCGGGGAGCUGUACUGCAGGGUGUUCUCCUCACACACUCUGUCCAGUGUCACAGCGCCACCUACAGACCUGGGCUCUGUGCUGCAGCUCCUCCAGAGGUUCGACCUGACCCCGCUUCACACGCAGCAGCAGACGCCGCUCGAGGAGACGCAGCUGAGACACGAGCCCAUUGACAUGGCAGCCCAUCUGGCCCUGAUUGAUUCGCUGAUGUCACUGAGUGCCAUGGAAACCGUGGGUCGGGUCAAGAUGGCGAAGGAGACGGAUCAGUUCGGGUCCAGCAGGAGCUGGGAGAACUCACUGCUGUUCUGGAUCAACAAGGUCAAUCAGAAGUUACGAGAAAGUGCAAAUGUUGAUGAUAAUCUGAAAUCAAACCCCUGCACAGACCUGCAGCCGGCUCAGCCAUCUUGCUCACAGCGCUGGUACUGGAAACUGGUCCCACAUGCCAUCGCAUUUUGUUUGAAGGAGUCGGGGAAUAAGCCUCCUGUGAUCCGUUACAGAAAAGAUAAGGUUCAGUCUAAACAGACUCCGGUGUUUGUGGUGGUUUCUGGAGUGAAGGAUCUGUCUAACGGUUGCGGCAUCGCUGCUGCCAUUCACUUCUACUGUCCUCAGAUUCUGCCCCUGGAGGAUGUGUGUUUGAAGGACACCAUGUCCGUAGCAGACAGUGUGUACAAUCUUCAGCUGAUCAGAGAGUUUUGUGAAAGCCACCUAAAGAGCUGCUGCCCCCUUCAGCUGGAGGAUUUACUCUAUGCCCCGCCCACUUUACAGGUGAACAUUAUGUGCUUCCUUUCGGAGCUGUUCGCCACGUUCGAAGUACAGAAACCAGACUUUGUCAAACCCAAACACACACUGGACCUAACAGAUGCAUCAGAUCUGGUUGAUUGCACAAGUCCGAUCAGUGGCAACAGCAACAGUGGAGCUCCAUCUUUCCUUCUGAAGCAGUCGCUCCUGCCUCAGUCCAAUGCUGUGUCUGAAGGACGGGGCUGGAACAAAAAGCAAAUUAGCCGUCCUCUCUCCGCUGUGGCCUUCAACAUCCCAUUCCCACUGGACAGUGAUGUUGAUGUUGUUAUGGGCAAUCCUCUUUUCCGUUCUGUCAGCACCGACAGCCUCACAAUGGUAACCAACCCCGGUCCUUACACACCCCCAGAGGAUCUGAGUAAACUCAUUUGUCAUGCUCCUCUGGGAGAGUUACCUACUAUAGAAGAAGCAUUGCAGAUUUUUCAUACUGCCCGUCCAGUACACAUUGAGCCCCGGCUGCGGCCAGAGGGUGCUCCAUCUGGCUUUUACCUCCACUCCCCUGAGGGGGGUGAAGCCAGACUGAGCAGCUCUGCUCCCUGCCGGUCAGGGAUGAUGUAUCGACCAAUCGGAGGAGGACUUGAAAGCCGCGGGAACCUCAAACGACAACCUGUUGGUUCACAAGAAAACCAUGAAGGUUUAGAGUGCGACACAACAGAAGACUCUCCCAAAACCUCUUCCAGCCCAGCCAACGGGCCCAUGACUGGUCGCAUGACAAACUUUGCUGAACGGAGAAAGAAGAUGCCAGAAUCCCCAAGUAAUUCCAGGUCCCAGGAUGUGGAGUCGUUGUUGAGCCCUGCGAUGAUGAGCCCCGUUGGGGCAGUGGAGGCGCAGGAGCUAGGUGCACGUCUGGAGGAGAAGCGUAGAUCUAUCGAAGCUCAAAAGAAGCGGAUUGAGGCCAUCUUUACCAAGCACAGGCAAAGGCUUGGCAAGACUGCCUUCCUUCAACUCCAGAAGAAGCAGGGGGAAGAACUGGAAGAUAACGGACAGUCCCUCACUCUGGAUGAACGACUAACACGAAUGGAGCAGCAGCUCCAACAAGAGGAGGACAGAGAGAAGGAGGAGGAAAAAAAGAAAAAGGAGGAGGAGAAGAAAGAAAAUGAUGGAGAGCAGAAGAAGAUGGAGAAUGUUGGUGAUGUAAUAGCACCGCCUAAACUGGAGAAACAGGUUACUUUCUCUGUUGAAACUAAGAAAGAGGACGGGAAAGAGCCACCAUUGGGGGAAUAUAAUGAGGCAGUAGCCAAGCUAACCUCCACCCUACAGUCCCUACAAAGGGACAUGCAGCGCCUUACAGAACAGCAGCAAAAGCUCAUGGGAAAGAAAACUCCGAAUUCUCCGAAAAACACCCACUCAAAUAAGCCACCUACCUCCAGCAAGGCCUGGGUCAUCCCGGCUGUUUCUAAAUCCCCUGUUACACCCCCUCAUCUUUCUAGAGAGUCCACCAGUAUCAUUUCACCCUCUGGAUCUCCAUCACGCUCAGGACAACUUUCUGACACAUCAAGAUCCCCUAAAAGUUCAGCAGCAUCUGCUCCACGCAAAUCCCGUGGUGCUGUUCCUAAGAGCCCCAAACGACAACGUCCCUCCCGCCCAACAGACCUCGGUUUCCAGCCUCUCACACGUGUCCUUACGCCCCCAAAGAAUGUGGACACACUUCCCCAUCUGCGUCGAGUCUCUCCGAGCCAGUGUCAGGUGCAGACCUGCUCCUCGCUGCGACUCGGUGGUCCAUACACACCCCAGGACUCUCCACCGCAACCUGUUCCACCUCAAGAGAGCACCUCAGAAUCUGGCUCCAGCGACCAUCACACCCCGAUCUUCAACCUUGAGCUGGAGGCUGUACCUCCAUCUGCACUCCCAGCUGAACUGUUAGGAGGUGGGAGCAGCUCAGGAGCCCCGUCAGAGUGCUCAUUUGAAAGCGAUAUGCUGCUUAGCAGCGCCCUGGUGAUAGAUGAGACAGAGGGUGCAGGGACCAUGGGAGAUGACACGGAUCUGGAACAGGGUACAGAAAUAUUCUCAUCGGAUUCCAUGAGCGACCAGACAGAGAAUGAGAGCAAGAUAGGACUUGAUGUGUUCUUCAAGGAGGAGGGUCUUUCGGAGGAGGAAAUGGCCCAGAAAAGGGCUCUGUUGUUGGAACGGCAGCAAAGACGGGCUCAAGAGAUCAAGAAACGUGCAAGACAUGGACAAGACCCUGAGGACAGUCAACAGGCUUCUGUGGAUGACCUGGGACCUUCUCAAACUAUGCUGCUUUCACAGUCACUGCCCACUUCAUACACCCCGCCCCCUCCAUCAAAAGCCACACCCCCAGGAACACCCCUGCGACGAGGAACAUUCACCAGGACAGAGUAUGAAAUGCGUCAGCAGCUAAAGAUUAUGGCUGAUCUAGGGAAGGUUCUCAAACAGAAACCAGCAAAGCACAGCUGCAAAAAACAACAUGCACACAAACCGCACAACAACCAUGAACUUACUCACACACGCUCACCAGGAAAGAACAAAGCAGUUGUCUCUAACAUGAAAGAUGGCACAUCUCUAUCAACUGAAAAGCCUGCGAGUUGCUCAGAUUCACCCUCAAAGGUGAUGUCAUCAGGGCAGUUGGCCAAUCAGAGUGGAGAAAAAGACUUGGAACAUGCCCUCAAUACCUCCUCUCCUGCCUCACUCCCAGAAUACACAGGUCCUAAAUUAUUUAAGGAACCCAGUUUUAAAUCAAACAAGUUCAUCAUUCACAGCGCUCUCUCACGGUGCUGUCUUGCUGGCAAAGUCAAUGAAUCCCAGAAAAACAAGAUCAUAGUGGAGAUGGAGAAGAGCUCCGCCAGUCACUUCCUGAUUCUCAUGCGUGAUGCCAACUGUCAGUUCCGUGCCAUCUACACUCGAGACGGCCAGUCGGAGGAGCUGCAUCGACUCUGCGGCGUCGGCCCGCGAGUCAUUUCCUCAUCAGCUGUGGAGGCCAUUUAUAAAUACAGCUCCGAAAGGAAACAGUUCAAUACACUUCCAUCUCGUACCCUGAGCAUGAGCGUCGAUGCUUUCACUAUCCCCGCCCAUCUCUGGCACACUAAAAAACAUGGCACGCCCAAAAAAGUAGCAACACCCAAAUAGACUCCACCUACUCAAACAAAUAAACCAUUUCUGCUGAGAUAAACUGCUCCCACUUAAAUAACCCACUCCUACCUGAAUAAACCCCUACCAUUUACAGAACUAGCCACAAAAGUAUUGUGAGGGCGAUUAAAACGCAUAAGAAGCUGUCUGCUCUUUCAUCACUCUUGUGGCACUUUACCACUUUACCAAGCCAUAUACCAAUCGGCCUGGACAGCAUUGCUUCAAGUCGAACACACCGAUUGACUUCAGCUAAAAUAAAUCCCUCCUACCCACACAAGUAACCCCAUUCACUCAAGAUGACCACACUCUCCAAGCUAAACUAUGCUGCAUUCAUGCCAUGUUAUGAUUAUGAUAAUAUUGAGAUGACAACACAAGCCAUUCUAAUCUGAGUUGUUCACAUCCUUGGAUUCAGAGCUAUGCAGUUCUAUGGCAACACUAUCAACUGCGGUGGUCAGGUUUACAAGCUGUAAUUAUUAGUUCUUCGAGGACGUGAAUGUUUUUAACAAGAUGGUAUCGUAAUUACAACAUGCUGUGAAUGCACCUAAGCUCCUCUCUCUGCAAUAAACUCCUCCCACCAAUAAUAAACCCUCCGGCUCAAAUUAACCAGGCCUACCCCGAUGAACACACUAUAAGUGCCAUUAGUCUAAACAAAAAUAUUACCAGCACUAAAUCCACAACACAACUCUCUCUAUAAUGAAGCAAGUCGAGUGAACUGUUUAUGAUCAAGCAGAAGGACCUUCUCAUGUUUUCUGACUCUGCAUGAAGACAGAUGAUCCCUAAGGUUUUCACAUUACUAAAGACUGAGGAAACCACACUUCCUGUUUGCAUGUGAAUGUUCAGGUUCAGUCUCAUAAUAUCUCUUGAUGGUCACACCAACUGAGCACUUGAAGUGUUUCUCUCUGAUUUAUAUGAUCUAUAUUCUCUUCUCUUAUAGAUACAAUCUUUUGAAUCUCAAAUCCACCAGUAUUGUAGUUUUAGUGAGAAUCACCGCUGGGUUUCACUGUCUAGUCUCUGUUUGGCUAGAUGAUUUUAGGAGAUCUCUUGUUCUCUUUUAUAAUGUUUCAUCAGCCUUUCCAUUCUUCAUCAACCUGUGUGGAAUAAAUGACUCUCUCCUUCCUCCUGAUGGAUCUCCAGCCGUCUAAAGACCGUAAGGCAUCAUGUGUUGAUGUGUGUGACUGUUCAACAAGAGUUUGUCAGCUGAACAUGGAUCAGUGAGUCACGGUCCUGAGAACCUGAUCCUCGAUCGGUAUUAAAAAGCCAUUGGACCUCCAUCAUAAGCAUCAGUGUUGGUGUGUGUGUAGAUGUUUCCUUCAUAUGUCUGUGUUUCAGGACUGAUGGGCUGGAUGAGGGUCAAAGGGUAAUGGCCUCAUAAAAAGCAUCAAAAUACUGUUUUUUUUUUUUUACAUGUAUGGUAAAUGAAUAUAACAGACUUUCAGGGUCAUAUAUGAAGGACUCAUGCUUUCUGCUCUGUCUGUGUGUGUGUGUGUGUGUGUGUGUGUGGGGGGCUGCUGGGAUAUUUUCUAAUAUGAGUUUUGACAUCAUCUGUGUGUUUUUCCUGCUAUAUGAUGAUGAUGACCUUGUGAUGAUGAAUGUGUAGGUCAAUAAAAUCAUUUCUAACAUUUCAACUCCACAGUCUGUAUCUGACUGGCAAGAAAUGAAUUUGAACAGAGAGAGAGAGAGAGAGAGAGAGAGAAUUUGAUGUGUGAAGCAGCGUUUU